GUAUAUGCAACAGCCCCCAAUUAUGCCAAUCUCCUACGCCGUCGCUCCGCAACCACCGCUCCAAACAAUGCCAAAUCCUCAACCGAUGGCUUCUAUCCCACAACCUCGCCGGUUUGGGUAUGCUGGUUCGCCUGUGUCUUCUCGUGUAUCACGAGCGCCAAUUUCCUCCUCGCCUUCGCGUAAAUGCAACACUGGCUAUCUACCAAGAGCUGGCGGGGCUGGCGGGGCCGUCACCACAUCGAAGAUCGGUUCAUUCUAGAGCAAGGCGGUCGUCGUUGAAUACGCGUCUAACGGCAUCAGACUUGAGUAGGGAUACCGAUGAAGGGGGCGGCCAUAACAGCAAUGAUCACCGGCCAGAACCGAUAAAUAAUCGAAUGGGCCAGGAACCUGCGGCCGCUGUUGAGAACAUUCCUGCUCGUCCGAUACAGAUAGCUCGCAGCGCAGAGAAGAAUUCGCCUACAAGGAUUGCUCUGCGGUUCUUGCAAAGCGUCAAAAUCGAAGACCUGGCUGAGAAAGAUAGGACUUGCGUCAUAUGCUACAACGACUUCGGCGUAGAAACCCCCGAGGGUAUCAAGGAGUCGCCUCUACGACUACCAAAGUGCAAACAUGUCUUUGGGGACAAGUGCAUUAAAAGAUGGUUUGAGGAGUCUGACAGCUGUCCCUAUUGUCGCGACAAACUUCCAACACACUUUCACCCCGGAUUCGAAGCCAGUAGAACCAAUGCCUUUUUGACUAUAAUGAGAGCCCGAGCUCAGCUUCCUCCAGGAUCGUCAGAAGAGUUUUACUUGAGACUCAUGAGUUCUACUAUGCGUGAGGAAGAGGAAGUUGGUGAAACUCCAGAUGUUAUUCUACUCGAAUCGCCGUUGUACCGCAGUGGUGACUCGGAUUCCUCUACUGCCGAUGGUGAGGGCACAACAUCAGCCUCAUCGAGUACAUCAGCCUCCUCGAGUGCAUCAACCUCACCAGUUCGAAUCCCUCCGCGAGAUCUGUCGAGAUCCACCCAGUGGUCAUCUCGUGCAGCUCAACAGCGAGGUGCUCAAGAAAGAGGAUAUCGAAGACAGAGAGUUUCCCGAAAUAAUCUGUCACCUCUCCAAGCUCUGCAGUCUGAUGGCCAGACUCAAUCGAGCGCAACGAUCCCAGGCGCAAACACUAGAGAGGAUGAAAGCAGCCAGAGCCCGACAGAUGCCGGACAUCAGGUAGCCGAAGCAUCAAUAGCACCAGCAAUCACAGCGCAAAAUAGAAAUCGACCUUGGUGAAGAAGAUUCGGCUCGGA